CUUAAAAAAAAUUAUAUUCCGUACUUAUAAAUGAAACUCGUAAAUCAUAACCUCCAUGUACCGAGAGCUAACAUUGAGCAACAUAUACAUUGAAGCCAAUGGCUUUAUUUCAUCUAUUGCCGACUAAAAUGGUGAAUAAUAGAAUUGUCGUUUUGUGUACAUUUUGCUUAACAAUUCUAACGGGUCACACAGCUGCGGAGUGGUUCAAUCAUGGAGGUGAUUUAAACAAUCGACGAAGUGCCCCAGCAGAAUUAAAGAUUAAUCCGAUCACAGCUCCAAGAUUAAGUCUGAAAUGGAGAUUCGUUGCCGGGUUUGACAUAUCAGCCACCCCAACUGUGGCCAAUGGAGUGGUCUACUUUCCUUCUUGGAAUGGAAAUGUGUACGCGGUCCGUGCUGAUAAUGGAGCCCUAAUCUGGAAACAAAACAUUGGAGCUGUAACUGGGCUGCCUCCGCCUCCGAUGUCGAACGUGACAGUGUCGAGGGCCAGUCCGACGGUUGCCGGAGAUCUUUUGAUUGUGUCAAUUUAUGGGCCGGCUUACGUGAUGGCCGUCAUACGGUUGACUGGUCAACUGGUUUGGUUGACACGCCUUGACCCUCUUCCCCUUGGAGUCGUAACCGCAUCCGGAACUUAUUUCCUGGGGGCAUAUUACGUAGGAGUUGCAUCCCUGGAAAACACUCGACCAAGCUCACCAUGCUGCACUUUCAGAGGGAGCCUAGUCAAGCUAGACGCACGUACUGGCACCAUCUUAUGGCAAACCUACACGAUCCCCGAUAACGGCGGCCAAUUGGGGGGCUAUUCCGGGGCAUCCAUAUGGGGAAGUAGUCCGGCCAUCGACGUUCUCCGCCAGCUCGUUUACGUAGGAACCGGGCAACUAUACAACGCGCCGGCUGAAGUCCAACGAUGCCAAGCGGCCUUAAGCAACCAAACCACCCCACCAAUUGAUAUCAAUCCUUGUAUUGGACCUGAGGUUCACUACGAUUCCAUCAUAGCGUUUGAUAUUAAUUCCGGGCAGAUCAAAUGGGCAACGAGGUUGAGCGGCUAUGACGUGUUCAAUUUCGCGUGCUUGAUUCCAAACAACCCGGAUUGCCCCGUCGGACCUAACAUUGAUGCCGAUUUCGGAGAAGCCCCCAUGCUCCUAAGCAUUGUCUCCAACGGAAGGAAGCGUGACGUGGCGGUGGCUGUCCAAAAAAGUGGCUUUGCAUGGGCGCUUGACCGUGACAACGGUCAAGUCGUUUGGUUUCAGAAAGCAGGACCGGGAAGUAACGAAGGAGGUGGGAUAUGGGGAGCCGCAACCGAUGGGAUCCGGGUCUACACCAACAUCGUAAACGGAGCUAGACAGCCCUUCACCCUGGCGCCUUCUACUCAAACCACCACUAGCGGCGGUUGGGUGGCUUUAGAUGCCAACACCGGCCAAAUCCUGUGGACCACCGCCAACCCUAGCAACGAGACUGCUCCGGGACCCGUUACCAUAGUCAACAACGCGAUCCUGUUUGCCGGGUCGGUAGCGCCUAAUGGUCCUUUCUAUGCAAUGGAUGCUCGGACUGGUCAAAUCAUUUGGAGUUAUAACACCGGCGCAACCAUUUACGGAGGUGCUUCCGCCAGCUAUGGGUGCGUCUUCGUUGGGAAUGGAUAUUCCGUUAAUUUGGCCAAGUUAUUCCACCCUACUUGGACCCAAGGAGAUUCCGUUUUUGCUUUCUGUGUUUAACCCAGCCUUAGCCAAAUAUUCCCCACUUAUAUGAGAUUCGUCCAUACAAUUUCUUUAUUACAAAUAAAGGGCAAGGCCUGAUAUUACUGGCUAGCUGCUAUAUAUAUUUUUCUAAUUUUCAAUAACAUAUACUUAAUGAUACGAUAUUUCACGGAUUAAAUAUUACUCCC